AUGGAUCGCGAUCAAGCGCUGCGGCGACUUCAGGUUUACGGUCGCCAUAUCGCACCCGCCUAUUCGACCCCUCCAGAAACCACCAAUAACGAGGCUGCUUACAACGAGUCCCAGCUGAACCUGCAACCCUGCAGUAACAACAGCGAUCGCAGCGGCGCGACCGGCGUGUAUGCUUCAGCCACAGGAAAGCCAUCUAAGUAUGCGUUAAUGCACGGCGAGGUGUCGAGCGCGCCGGUAGUGUGGCAGCCGGGUCGCAUCGAGGGGCCUCCGCUCCAAGACGUUCUUUACGAGACGGCCGUUGGAGAGGGGAUCGCCAAGAUCACGAUCAACCGACCCGAGAGGAGGAACGCUUUCCGGCCGGAAACGGUGAAGGAGCUGAAGCGCGCGUUCGACGCUGCGAGGGACGAUGUGACCGUUGGAGUGAUCAUCUUCACCGGCAAGGGGGACCUGUCAUUCUGCAGCGGCGGAGACCAGGCUGUGAGGGGCAAGCACGGAUACGUCGGGGGCGACCAGGUGCCGCGCCUCAACGUGCUGGACCUGCAGGUGCCUCGACUCAACGUGCUGGACCUGCAGGUUGCAGGGUACGCCAUAGGAGGAGGCCACGUGCUGCAUCUGGUGUGUGACAUCACCAUUGCUGCUGACAACGCUGUGUUCGGUCAGACCGGCCCCAAGGUGAGGGGGGCGCUUGACGUGGGUCAGGGCCUGAAGGUGGGCAGCUUUGAUGCGGGGUGGGCAGCUUCGAUGCAGGUCACCUUCUCUGUUAUCCCUCGCCCCUCCCAGGUGGGCAGCUUCGAUGCGGGGUACGGCAGCUCUAUCAUGUCUCGCCUUGUGGGUCCCAAGAAGGCGAGGGAGAUCUGGUUCCUGGCCAGGCACUACACGGCCACACAGGCACUCGACAUGGGGCUUAUUAAUACCGUUGUGCCGCUGGCGAAAUUGGAGCAGGAGACAGUCAAGUGGUGCCGGGAGAUCCUAAGGAACAGCCCCACGGCGCUGAGGGUGCUCAAGUCGGCAAUCAAUGCAGUGGAUGAUGGCACCGCUGGAUUGCAGGAGCUGGCUGGAAAUGCAACGCUGAUUUUCUACAACACUCCGGAAGCAGUGGAAGGCCGUGAGUCAUACUUGAGCGGGCGUGCACCGGAUUUUUCCAAGUUCCCACGGCUUCCAUAG